AUGUCAAGCUCUUCCGACCACCUCAAAAACGCAUCGCGCGCGUCCAACGGCCACUCCUACUCGUCCUCCAACCAACACAAGAACAAUAAUCCCAUCCAAUCCGUCCUCUCCCUCCCACCGCGCUGGCUGCAUAUGUACAGCGACUUUAUCACCAAAAACGCGCACCAAGUCUCGCAAAUUGAAAGCGCCCUGCGCUCCCUUACCUACAUCAUCCCAGGCCGCUUCCGCGACGCUGAGAUCGCCUCCGAAACCCUACACUCGGGCGUCCAACUCCUUAGUCUCUACCACGAUGCCGUUUUACUCCGCGCCCUAUCCCGCAUCCCGGGGCUGUCAGCGCGUGUCCCUAGCCUCCACGCAAGGUACACGCGCUUCUGGACGGAGAAGAGCCGGCUGUACCGGCGGACAGCGCUGUUGCUGCAGGUGGUGCAGUACACGGAGCUCCUGUGGGAGAUGACGGCCAAGCGAAGGGGGGAGAAGGUGCGCUGGCGGAUCGUGAUUGUGCUCGAGGCAGUUAAGGCGUUGUGCAGGCUGCUACUACUCAGAAUAACGAAUUCGAGGCCGCUGGUCACGCCUGUGUUGCCCGAGAGAGAACCGAUUCCGGAUCACGAAGACGACGCGGACAAUGGGAGGACGUUGAAGGAAUUAAUGGGCGAGGACAUCGAGGAUGACACCCUGACGGGCAUGAAUGGCUCGGCCAAGGCGGCGCACGAGAAGGAAUGGACCAUGCCACGGACGGGGACGAGCUUACCGAGCUUACCCAAUCCGAAUAAUAUCAACUCCUACCUUCAGAGCCGCGUGUUGACGGCGGACGAUAUCAAGCCUGCGGUAAAACUACUCAAUACGCUGCAGGGAUCAGCACAGGCGGCCGAGAUCCUGCACAUACUCGCCCCCCUCAUCUAUGUAACGGCGCUGGCAAGGAGCAAAAAUAAGAAGUCGUGGACGCCCUGGGUCUUGGGAGUGGCCGUGGAAUAUGCGGCGAGGCAGCUGAGAGAGCGCAGCUUCCGGACGACGGGUUUGGAACGGGAGGAAUGGGGCAAGAGGGGUUGGACCAUGGGAUGGUGGACAAUGAGGGGCGCGUUCUAUGAGAACGUCACUAAGAGCAUGGUUGGGAGCGUGAAGAGGCGGAUGCCGAGUCUGGUGAGUGGCAUACUCGAGGAUUACGAGUAUUUGUGGGAGAACUACUACUUCAGCACUAGUGCAUAA